AUGUCCUCUCAAGUGAGACUGAAGCUGCUGCCGAGCGUCAAAUGUAUGUUUGAUGAGCCCAUUCAGGUGAAAGUGGCCGGGCUGAGGCCAAUGCAGGUUGUCAACAUGAGAGCCAAAUCAACUGAUGACAAGGGAGUGGUGUUCAGCUCCUUGGCCACCUACAGGGCAGACAGCAAUGGGGAGGUCGACCUGAAAAGAGACCCCUCACUAGGUGGGAGCUACGUUGGAGUAGAACCCAUGGGUCUGGUGUGUUCCAUGAGGCCACAUACUAUGCACAAAAAAUAUCAAAAGACAAGUUGCAUAAACCCGCAGGUGGUGACACUUUCUGUGCAUGAGGAGGAGGGCAGAUUACUGGCAGAGAUGACAAAUGAAAGGCUUCUGAUGAGAGAUGGGGUCAGCAGAGUCCCCGUCAAUGAAGGGAACAUCCGUGGCGUCCUGUUCACUCCUCCAGGAAAAGGUCCUUUUCCUGCUGUGUUGGAAUUGCCCACCUCAAUAUCUGAGGCAAGACCCAGUCUACUGGCUAACAAAGGCUUUGUGGUUCUCUCAGUGGCUGUGCACAAUAAGAAGGGUGACAGUUUCACAGAGAUGCAUCUGGACCACUUUGAAGAAGCAAUGAAUUUCUUAAAACAGCAACCAAAGGUGGGCAGUAAAGGAGUUGGCAUAAUGUCAAGAUGCAAGGGAGCAAAUAUCGGACUGUCACUCGCUGCUUUUGUGCCAGGUGUCGAGGCCAUAGUGUGCAUCAAUGCCUGUAAUGCCAAUGUGGUCACUCCUCUCUACUACAAGAAACGGCAGAUCCUAUCAGCAUUACUGUACGACGAAAGCAAGUUUAUUCCCACUGAGUCAGGUGCAGUUAUUGUAAAGGAUGCUCUUGAAGAGAAGAAUAAGGGCAGCUUGAUCCCCAUUGAACGAGCCAAGAGCCAUUUUCUUUUUGCAGCUGUAGGAGACGACCUCAGCUGGGACAGCAAGGCCUACAUGGAUGAAAUGGUGGUGAGACUUAGGCAUCAUGGGAAGGAGAACUUUGAGACUGUUUUUUACCCUGGAGCUGGACACAUGUUGGAGCCACCUUAUGCACCCCACUGCCCCUCCAGCUUCCAUGUAGGUGUAUGCAAGCCAGUCCUGUGGGGAGGUGAGCUCAAGGCCCACAUAGCAGCUGAGAUCCACCUGUGGAAGAAGAUCCAGGAUUUCUUCAAAACUCAUCUGAGUUGUGAUGCAGCACAGGCUAAAGCCAAGUUAUAG